AUGCGCACCCUCCUCCAACCCACCCCCCAAUCCAACACCCCGGACCUCCUCCUCCAACGCACACCCACCCCAACCGCCACCCCCUCAACAGACUCCCAUCUCAUCCGCGUGCACGCCUGCUCCCCCUGCGCCGGCGAGCUCCUCUGGCCGCGCUACUUCCCGCCCCCAACCCCGCGCGACCUCGUCCCCUGCCCGGACAUGGCCGGCACGGUGGUCACCGCGCCACCAAACUCGCGCUUCCAGCCUGGCGACGCGGUCUACGCGCGCACCAGCUACGCGCGGCCCGGCAACGCACGCGACUACACCAUCGCGCUCGGCGACGAGCUGGCGCGCAAGCCGGAGAACCUGAGCUGGGUCGAGGCGGCGGCGGUGCCGGUGUCUGCGCAGACGGCGUGGCAGAUCCUGUUUGUGCAGGCGGGGGUUGUACCUGCGGGGGUGGAGGGGUUUGAUGCUGCGCGGGAGGCGUGGAGCGGGAAGAGGAUGCUCGUUACGGCGGCUGCGGGGGGUGUGGGUGUGUGGGUUGUGCAGCUGGCCAGGCUGCUCGGGGUCGAGGUCGUCGGGACGUGUGGGAGUGCGGAGAAUGAGGCGCUGCUUGAGUCGUUCGGGGUGAGUGAGGUGCUCAGCUACCGCACGGUCGAUUUUAGGAAGUGGGCGGAGCAGGAUGGGGCACGGAAGGUGGACAUCGUGGUGGACUGCAUCGGACGCACGGCUCUGCAGGAUGCGUGGUGGUGUGUCAAGGACGGGGGCACCGUGCUCAGUAUCUGCCAGCCGCCGGCGUCGCUUCGACCUGAGGAAUGUCAGGUGGAGGCAAAGGAUCUGUUUUUCAUCAUGCAGCCGGAUUCGAGACAGCUGGGAGAGAUUACGCGCUUGAUCGAGGAUGGGAAGUGUCGGCCACUCGUGGACAGCGUGUGGCCUCUGGAACAGUUCCGUCCUGCAUUUGAGAGAUUGGAUCAAGGCCAUGCGAGAGGAAAGAUCAUCUUAGACUUGUCGUUGAACAGGUCUACGACUUGA